UUGAUCCGGUCAAUGCCGGUAUAAACUUAAGAAAACAUUUAAAAUAAAAAGUACAAAACAUCUGCCCGACUUGAUGCAUCCAGAUACAGCACUUCUGAGCUCCUGCUUGGGACCGAGCCGCCGCCCCUCGAGCAGAAGAAGAGCAGAAAAGAAGAACCCUGCGUGCACCACAUGCAUUAAAUGCACCUCAUGCAUUAAAUGCAUGUAAUGCAUUCACCCGGAGUCCGACCCGUCCGCCCGGUGGUCGCUGCAGGACGUGGAGCCGCAGUUUGCGCCGCUCGCGUCGACACCUAAUCCUCAAUUUUCUUCCUUCCAAAUAUGGACUAGGAAUGUCCACGAUGACGUCGCGUGUCCGGGGAAUGCGGGGUUUGUAAACCACAUUCAUUCACUGCGCCUUCUUCCAGUCCUUGGAUCCUGGUGGGCAUUUCACAGGAAGAGAGGCGUGUAGGGAGGGGGGGGGAAGAAAGAAACGGGACGCCCUCCUCCCUCCUCCUCUUCCUCCUCCUCCUCCUCCUCGGCGGAUAACGGUGUCCAAGAAGUUCCCGAGGACCGAGACGCAGACAAAAGCCCCGGGACUAGUUUAUCUUGCGGGGCUCCGAUACGCGUCCAUCACUUCUUCUUCUUCAUCUUCUUCUUCUUCAUGCUGUGUCCCACCAAGAGGAAAACACCCGGCUGAACCCCCGCCAUGGACGAUCUGGGAGAGACUGAGGCGCCUAGCUACCCUCUCAGUCCCCGUAUUGUCGUGUUUGACGCCCUCCUCGCCGAUCUGGAGAACACCGGCUCUCCUCUGGCUCGGUGUCCCGUCCUGCUCACCUCUGACCCUCCUCAAAACGCCGACGCCGAAACCAAAGAGGCCGCCGCCGCCGCCCGCCCGCCGCCCCCCGCCUACACCCCCCAGCAGACAGUUUCUGCUGCAAUGAAAUCUUCCCAAAACUCCAACCCAGACAAACUAUACAGCACAGUGUGUAAACCGCGCUCGCCGCGCGCCACGGAUCCCCCGCCGCCGGCCUUCUCCUCCUCCUCGCUGCUGGGGGGAGGCCUGAGUGAACUGGACCAUCUGCUGCAGGAGCUGAACGCCACCCAGUUUAACAUCACAGAUGAGAUCCUGGCCCAGUUCCCUUCUUCUAAGAAAGAUGAGAGGGACAAGAUCAAGGACAAGGCCACGAGCUCCUCCUCCAGCUCUGCGAAACCUUCAGCGACGUCGGCCACGCUGGAACUGGACAAACUGAUGGCUUCCCUGUCGGACUUCAGAGUCCAGAGUACACCAGCUGUGCCCGCCGUCUGCCCAGUGGUUACGGCCCCCGUCGCCGAGCCCUCCCCCCCCCCGCAGGCCUCCUCCGGCGGCUCGCUGGACAGCAUGCUGGGGCUGCUUCAGUCCGACCUGAGCCGCCAGGGGGUCCAAACGUCCUCCAAAGGGAACUGUUCGGCCUGCCAGAAGCCCGUCGUGGGACAGGUGGUCACGGCCCUCGGGAAGGUCUGGCACCCGGAGCACUUUGUGUGCAGCGAGUGCGAGGCGGAGCUGGGCAGCCGCAACUUCUUCGAGAAGGACGGGCGGCCGUACUGCGAGUCGGACUACUUCAGCCUCUUCUCGCCCCACUGCGCGCAGUGCGACAAGCCCAUCCUCAACAAAAUGGUCACGGCUCUGGACAAGAACUGGCACCCGGAGUGCUUCUGCUGCGUCAAGUGCAGCCGGGCGUUCGGAGAGGAAGGAUUCCAUGACCGAGAGGGCCAGCAGUACUGCCAGCAGUGCUUCCUGACUCUGUUUGCUUCCCGCUGUCAAGGCUGCAGCCAGCCCAUCCUGGAAAACUACAUCUCCGCUCUCAACUCGCUCUGGCACCCCCAGUGCUUCGUGUGCAGGGAGUGCUACACGCCAUUCGUCAACGGCAGCUUCUUCGAGCACGAGGGUCAGCCGCUGUGCGAGGCCCACUACCACCAGUCCCGGGGCAGCAUGUGCCAGGCCUGCCAGCAGCCGAUCCUGGGCCGCUGCGUCACCGCCAUGGGGGCCAAGUUCCACCCGCACCACCUGGUGUGUCACUUCUGCCUGAAGCCCCUGAGCAAAGGCUGCUUCAAGGAGCAGGAGAACAAGCCCUACUGCCACCCCUGCUUCAUCAAGCUCUUUGGUUGAGGACGCGACGGGACGUUGUCUCCCCCCCCCCCCCCCCCCCUCCCUCGUCGGAGCUCCGGGUCGCCGAGCAAAGCAGCUCCGGAGUUCUCAAUGUGUUUUGUUUGUUAUUGUGGGAAUGAGGGUGGAGCUGGUCUCUUUCUUGGUUUUAAAAUAAUUAAAUUGAUAGGAAGAGGAGAAUAACGUUUUUUUUUUAAGUCAUCCAACCCAAUUAAUUUCAGUUCAUUUCAAUUAAAGUGGAAUGCAUUUAGACUUGCAGUGUGAAAUAAAACUGUAGCAUUGGUUAGAAGAAAACAAAAUGAUGCCAAGUGAAAACGUCAUGU